AAAAAUCUAUCAGCAAAAGCCCUUGGCCUCACCCCGAAAAAUUGCCGGUAACCGCUCCUCAAAAAGCAAAGAUCGCAAUCCAAAUUAACGGUCAAAAAAAAGUUGUAAUUUCAGCCCCAAAAGACCUCAAUCAAAAAGAAGUGGAAGAAUUAGCCAAAAAUGACCCCCAAUUAAGUAAAUUAUUG